GAACUAUUCCGUACACCAAUUACAAGUCCGGUUUCAUCCACUCUGUCUAAUCAUCCACUCACACACGCAUCUCUUCUCUGUAUCUGUAUCUGUAUCUGUAUCUUCUGUAUUAAGAUAUUUGGCACACCUCCCGCACUCCACCCCAUUGCCAACCCAUCAGCCAUGGCUUCUCUCCGAUCUUCCCUAUGCUUUCUCUUUCUGUUCUACGUUCUUUCCUCAGCCUUGGACAUGUCCAUCCUCACUUACGACCAAAACCACGGCCUCACGACGACCACCCAUCAAAGAACAAACGAUGAAGUCAAGAAUUUAUAUGAAUCUUGGCUGGUUCAACAUGGGAAAGUGUAUAAUGGCAUCGGAGAAAAAGAGAGGAGGUUUGAGGUGUUCAGAGAUAACUUGAAGUUUAUUGAUGAACAUAACGCUGAGAACCGGCCGUAUAAGGUUGGGUUGAAUAGGUUUGCCGAUCUGACCAACGAGGAGUACCGUUCGAUGUUUGUUAGUGGAAGGAUGGAGAGGAAGCAGAAACUUUCGAGUCCGAAGGGCGAUCGGUAUGCGUAUAAGGGCGGUGAGGAGUUGCCGGAGAAGAUUGAUUGGAGAGAGAAAGGGGCUGUGGUUUCCGUUAAAGAUCAAGGCCAGUGUGGGAGUUGUUGGGCAUUCUCAACGGUUGCUGCUGUGGAAGGAAUAAAUCAGAUUGUAACAGGUGAUUUAACAGUCCUGUCAGAGCAGGAGCUGGUGGAAUGUGAUAAUUCUUAUAAUCAAGGAUGCAAUGGUGGUCUUAUGGAUUAUGCUUUUCAAUUCAUCAUCAGCAAUGGUGGAAUUGACUCUGAGGAAGACUACCCUUACCGAGGUCUUGAUGGCGGAUGUGAUCAGAAUCGAAAAAAUGCUCGGAUUGUUUCUAUUGAUGGUUAUGAGGAUGUUCCGCCCAAUGAUGAGAAGUCACUGCAGAAGGCAGUGGCAAAUCAACCUGUUAGUGUGGCCAUUGAAGCGGGGGGCAGGGCUUUUCAACUCUACCUAUCGGGUGUUUUUACUGGACUCUGUGGAACGGAGCUAGACCAUGGAGUUGCUGCUGUUGGAUAUGGUACAGAAAAUGGGGUAGACUAUUGGCUUGUGAGGAACUCGUGGGGUCCGAACUGGGGAGAGAAUGGGUACAUAAGAUUGGAGCGAAACUUGGCUAAUACCACUACUGGGAAGUGUGGGAUCGCAGUAGAGCCCUCAUACCCCAUCAAGGUUGGGCAGAAUCCUCCUAACCCUGGACCAUCUCCUCCCUCACCAGCAUCGCCUUAUGUAGCUUGCGAUAACUACUUCCUUUGUCGGGAUACAACAACAUGCUGCUGCACUUAUGAGUAUGGUAACUUCUGCUUUCGUUGGGGAUGCUGCCCCCAUAAAUCUGCUACAUGUUGUGAUGAUUACUCGACCUGCUGCCCACAUGACCAUCCUGUCUGCGACCUUAAUCAUAAUCAAUGCCUAAUGAGCAAGGGCAACCCAAUGAGGGUAAAAGCACUGAAACGAGGUCCGGCUAUACCGAACUGGGCUCGGCUGAAUGCUGGCAGGAAGGUCAGCAAUGCUUGAUGAGGUCUUGAAGGACAAAGGGAUGAUGGCACCACCUGGGUUGGAACGAGGAAAAAUUUAAUUGUUUGUUAAACUAUCUGUUGAUGCACGGCAAGACACCCUUUUCACCAUGUUUCCUUUGUUUGUAUAAACUUCAUGUGGCAUCAGUGUUUGUAAAUCUAGCUCUUUCGUAUUUGCUGUAUAACAAUUUACUUGAACUGACACUAAAAUUUAUGGUCAAGCCUUGGAGUGCUUGGUUUCAUAAACAUCAAGCGGUAUUAUAAAUAAUUCCAUUAUUAGAAAU